AUGGCAGACUCAGAAGAUUGGAAACGCGAAGAGGAGGAAGAGGAAGAAGAGGCCGACGAGAUCGAUUAUCGUACACAAAAAGAUGCAGUUCUUUUCGUUAUUGAUGUCAGCGAGUCGAUGCUUACUUCUCCUCCCGUUUCCGAUUCCAAGAAAGCCGAUACAGAUAGUCCUACACUUGCCGCUCUCAAAUGCGCGUACAUGAUCAUGCAACAGCGUAUUAUCUCCAGUCCAAAGGAUAUGAUGGGUAUUAUGUUAUAUGGUAUUAAGGAAACAAAUUUUAAGGAUCAAAGUGGAUUGGAUACUUCGGUGUAUCCUCAUUGUUAUCUUCUUACAGACCUUGAUAUUCCUUCUGCGGAAGACGUCAAAGCAUUAAAGGAGAUUGUCGAGGAUGAAGAAGAAGCAAAGAACAUCUUGGUGCCAACGGAGGAGAAUGUGGACAUGAAUAAUGUGUUAUUCUGUGCCAAUCAGAUAUUCACGACGAGAGCGCCAAACUUCGGAUCACGACGAUUGUUCAUCAUCACUGACAGAGAUGACCCUCAUUCUGGGGAUAAGUCCCAGCGAUCUUUGGCUGCCGUUCGAGCUAAGGAUCUUUACGAUAUUGGUGUUGUUGUUGAACUCUUUCCGAUAUCAAUUCCAGAGUAUGAGUUUGAUCGCUCUAAGUUCUAUGAUGAUAUCAUAUAUCGUGACCCUCUCGCCGAAGACGCGCCUAAUAUAGGUCCGAACAGCAUCAAAUCCAAUGGUGAUGGAUUAUCUCUACUCAAUAAUCUCAUCAUGGACGUCAACUCGAAGCAAUCAGCCAAAAGGUCUCUAUUCUCCAACUUACCUUUCGAGAUUGCACCUAAUCUCACCAUAUCUGUCAAUGGAUACAAUGUUCUCCACAAGCAAGUCCCAGCUAGAAGCGCAUACGUUUGGAUGGAAGGAGAAGUUCCCCAAAUUCCAAUUGGCGAAACAACACAAAUGGCUGAAGACACAGCCCGUAUUAUCCAAAAGGUAGAAAUCAAAAAAGCUUACAAGUUUGGCGGCUCUCAAGUUCUCUUCACUCCAGAUGAGCAAAAGCAACUAAAGCACUUUGGUCCACCAGGACUUCGAAUAAUUGGGUUCAAACCUCAAUCUAUGUUACCCUAUUGGGCAUCCAUCAAAAAAUCAACAUUUGUCUAUCCAAGUGAAAACGACUAUGUUGGGUCAACUCGAGUUUUCUCAGCUCUCUGGGACAAACUCCUUGAAGAUAAGAAAAUGGGUUUAGCAUGGCACAUUGCUCGGAAAAAUGCCAAUCCUACCAUCGUUGCCAUAUUACCCUCAGUGGAAAAGCUCGAUCCCUCCACAAACCAGCAAAUUUUCCCCGCAGGUCUCUGGCUCUAUCCUCUCCCUUUCGCAGAUGAUCUCCGUAGUGUUGCAGCACCAGCCCCUAUCAUUGCUCCGGAUAAAUUGAUCGACAAUAUGCGAGUGAUCGUCCAACAGCUGCAAUUACCCAAAGCACAAUAUGAUCCUCGCAACUACCCAAACCCAAGUCUACAAUGGCACUACCGAAUCCUCCAAGCCAUGGCGCUCGAAGAAGAAAUCCCGGAAGUCCCAGAGGAUAAAACGGUACCGAAGUAUAGACAAAUCGACAAGAGAGCCGGUACAUACAUAUCCAAUUGGGCACUAACCCUGGCUUCGGAAUACGGAACUUGGAGCUUGAGUAAUAAAAGUUCGGGAAUGAAGAGAGAUCGCAGCGAGGAUAAUGAAGAAGAGAAGCAACCGAGGAAAAGAAAUGUUCUAGUAAGAAACUCGGCGAAGAAGUUGGGAGAAAUGGAUAAAGAAGAAUUGAAAAAUCUGGUACUGAAUGGUGGAUUAGAAAAAUUCAAGGUGGAGGAAUUGAAAGAGUGGUUGUUGGGAAAAGGUUUGUAUGGUGUGGGUAGGAAGGCGAAAUUAAUAGAGAGAGUUGAAGAGUGGGUCGAUCAAAAUUGA